AUGCCCCAUUCCCAGCCACUCCAGAUUCAGCUAUUCCCAGUCACUCCUCUCCCAGACAUUGCCUGCCACACCUCUUUCAGCUAUUCCCAGCCAUUCUCAGCCAGUCCCCUCCCAGCCUCUCCUCCCCCAGCCAUCCCCAGCCGCUCCAUUCCCAGCCACUCCUCCCACAGCCAUUCCCAGCCUCUCCCAGUCGCUCCUCUCCCAUCCAUUCCUUGUUACUCCUCUUCCAGCCAAUGCCAGCCAUUCCUCUCACAGCCAUUCCCAGCCACUCCUCUCCAGCCAUUGCUAGCCACUCCUUUCCCAGACACUUCUACUCCAGCCAUUCCCAGCCACUCCCCUCCUUGCCCCUCCCAGCCAUUCUUCCCCCAACCAUUCCCAGCCUCUCUUAGCCACUCCUCUCCCAACCAUUCCCAGCCACUCCUUUCCCAGCCAUUCAUAGCCAAUCCCAGCCACUACUUUCCCAGCCAUUCCCAGUUACUUAUCUCCCCGGCAGUCCUCUCCCAUGCACCAUUACUAGCUAACCCUCUCCUAGCCACUCCUCUUCCAGUUAUUCCCAGCCACUCCUCUCUCAGCUAUGCCCAGCCACUCCUCUCCCAGCCAUUCACAGACACUUCUAUCCCAGCCAUUCUUAGCCACUCGCAGCUACUCCUCUCCCUGCCAUUCCCAGCCACCCUUCUCUUAGCCACUCCUCUCCCAGCCAUUCCCGGCCACUCCUCUUUCAACCAUUCCCAGUUACUCCUCUCCCAGCCAUUGUCAGCCUCUCCUCUCAUAGCCAUUGUUAAACACUCCUCGCCCAGUCUCUCCCAGCCACUCCUCCCCCAGCCAUUCCAGCCUCUCCCAGCCAAUCCCUGCCACUCCUCUCCCAGUUUCUCCCAGGCACUCCAGCUUCUCCCAGCCGAACCCAACCAUUCCUCUCUCAAUCUCUUCCAGCCAUUCCAAGCUACACCCCUCCCAGCCACUCCUCUCGCGGCCAUUUUCAGCCGCUCCUAUCCCAGCCAUUCCCAGCUACUCCUCUCCUAG